AUGUCCCGUCGCACCACAAUUCCCGAGCAGCCGCCCCGACCGUCCUCACUAGGGAGCUGCAUCCUCUACGGCUGCGGAGCGGGUCUGCUUGGCGUCGCUGCAAUGACAGUAGGCGAAAAGAUCGAGCAGUACUUCACCGGCCGACCGAAUUCAUAUGUUCCGGGUCACACUCUGGAGCGCCUUCUCCGACUACCCGUACGCCCCGAUUCCGAGCGCUUCGGAUUGAACAUGGCGAUGCACUAUGGACAGGGAGCUGCUGCGGGAAUAAUUAGAGCAUUUAUGAGCGCAUAUGGUGUUCGUGGGCCAUUCGCGGAUUUCAUGUUUGUUGCCAUACGGCUUAUGAUCGAUCAAACAUUGGAGAAUGUUACGGGUGUUGGGGCACUUCCUUGGACCUGGCCUGUUAAUGAACAGGUUAUCGAUAUUCUCCAUAAGGGGGUCUUUGCGUUUGUGACGGGAUACUUCACGGAUAGGUGGUUACAAGGGUGA